AUGUCGGAAGAGCAUGAUGUCACCUUCGAGUCGGCCGAUGCCGGUGCCUCGCUCACCUUCCCUAUGCAGUGCUCUGCUCUGCGUAAGAACGGUUUCGUCGUGAUCAAGAACCGCCCCUGCAAGAUCGUCGACAUGUCUACCUCCAAGACUGGCAAGCACGGUCAUGCCAAGGUCCACCUUGUCGCCAUCGAUAUUUUCACCAACAAGAAGUACGAGGAUCUCUCUCCUUCCACCCACAACAUGGACGUCCCCCACGUCUCUCGUCGCGAGUUCCAGCUUCUGGACAUCGCCGACGACGGUUUCCUUUCCCUCAUGAACGAUGAUGGUGACACCAAGGAUGACGUCCGCAUGCCCGAUGGUGAGGUUGGUGACAAGAUUACCCGUCUUUUCAGAGAGGAGGAGAAGGACACCAACGUCGUCAUUCUCACCUCCAUGGGUGAGGAGGCCGCUGUUGAGGCCAAGGAGGCUCCCCGCCAGGGUUAA